AUGAAUGCUCAACUUUUUCAAGGCCUUUCUAGUGUUCUACAUUCAAUGGACCAGGGUUUGAUAUGCUCUUCAAAUUGUGAUUUAGAAACAAUGACAGAGGCUCCUUAUCAUUGUUAUUACAUUCUGCAGCCAUCAGAUAAAGGACCAAUGCAUAUGAGACGACUUGCAGGGGCAGAAGAAGUCAAACAAGCUCCUGACAACCGAUUAAUUAAUCCAUUGGUCAAUAAAGAUGUAGAGAACUCUGUUCAAGCCUGUUUGCUUAAGUUCCUACUCCUAAUGUUGUGA